CUAUGAUUCACAUGGACCCAAAACUGGUGAAGAGAUCCCUGAAGUUGAGUCUGAAGAAUCUGCAGUUAUCAUAUGUAGAUCUGUACCUUGUUCACUUCCCUAUACCUCUAGUGUACGAAGGGGACGACACCAACAUCUUCCCCACAAACGAGUCGGGAGCCUGGAAGGCAGCAGAAAAGUGGGAUCUGAUAGAAACAUGGAAGGCAAUGGAAGAACUUGUUGACCUAGGACUUACAAAAUCCAUUGGAGUGUCAAACUUUAGUAUCUCACAAGUUGAAAGAAUCUGCAAGGUGGCCAAAUACAAACCUGUUACAAACCAAGUUCAGUGUCACAUAUAUCAUCCACAGACAGAUUUGUUUGAGGCUUGUAAGCAACAUGGGGUAACAAUAACAGCAUAUUCUUCAUUUGGGUCUCCGGGAAGGUUGGCGAUAUUUAAACAAGCGGGUGGUCCUGUUCUCUUAGAAGAUCCCGUCAUCCUGAAAUUAGCCAACAAAUAUGAGAAAACUCCAGCGCAGAGUCCGAAGGAUGAGGUUAAGACAGCCCUACGGGCGGCUUUGGAUGCUGGCUACAGACAUAUUGACACGGCCUACAAUUAUAUGAAUGAGGAUGCAAUUGGAGAGGUUCUGCAGGAAUACAUAAAGAGUGGAAAAGUGAAAAGAGAGGAAUUGUUUAUCGUCACUAAGCUUCCGAUGAUUCACAUGGACCCAAAGCUGGUAAAGAGAUCCCUGGAAAUAAGUUUGAAGAAACUACAGUUAUCAUAUCUAGAUUUGUACCUGGUUCAUUUUCCUAUACCUUUAGCGUAUGACGGGAACGACAACAAUGUUUUUCCACAAACUGAAACUGGAGGUUGGAAGGCCGCAGACAAGUGGGACCUUUUGGGAACAUGGAAGGCAAUGGAGGAACUUGUAGACUUGGGACUGACCAAAUCUAUUGGAGUGUCUAACUUUAGUAUCUCACAAAUUGAAAGAAUCUGCAAGGUGGCAAAACACAAACCCGUUACAAACCAAGUGGAAUGUCACAUAUAUUGUCAACAGAAAGAGUUGUUUGAUGGGUGUAAGAAGCUUGGAGUUACAUUGACAGCUUACAGUCCAAUUGGUUCUCCAGGAAGACCCGGACAUCUUAAAAAGGCAGAUGAACCUGUUGCUCUAGAAGAUCCUCUCAUCCAGAAAAUAGCCAAGAAAUAUGGAAAAACCCCUGCACAGAUUUUGCUUCGAAAUCUCAUCCAAAGAGGUAUUAUUGUAAUUCCAAAGAGUGUGACUCCAGAAAGAAUACGAAGCAAUUUCCAGGUUUUCGAUUUUUCACUCACUAAAGAAGAAAUGGAAGAAAUUGACAAGAUAACAACUAAACGACGUUACUUUGAUAUGUCAGUGUGGUUCAAGGAUCACCCGGAGCGUCCUUGGUGAAAGAAGAAUUUAAAACAAAUGUACCUAGUAUUUCAGUGUACUAUAAUUAUCUUCUAUAGCAUUAUUCUCAAAUCUUUCUCUGGGAGAACGAGCUACGUGUUAGACUAAAGUAUUUAUUUGUAAAUGGAUAUGGAACAUGUGAUGUC